GAUAACAUUUAUUAUGACUCCGCCUUGAUGUCAAAGUGACAGCUUUCAAGAUGGCGGUGGUUGUUCGGAGAAAGUGAUGAGGACAGGAUAACAGAGCAUUAAAGUGGUAUUAGCGUUUAAAUUGGGUGCACUUUUGGCAGCUUUCCACAGACGAGAUGGCUCAUUCCACUGCUCAGAGCGGAUUGCUGGGGAUACAGAACCACAGAGCUGACCCUGAGGAGCUGUUCACCAAGCUGGAGAAGAUUGGAAAGGGCUCUUUUGGGGAGGUGUUCAAAGGCAUCGACAAGCGCACUCAGUCAGUGGUGGCCAUCAAGAUAAUCGACCUGGAAGAAGCAGAGGACGAGAUCGAGGACAUUCAGCAAGAGAUCACAGUCCUGAGCCAGUGUGACAGCCCCUUUGUCACCAAAUACUACGGCUCCUACCUGAAGGACGCAAAGUUAUGGAUCAUCAUGGAGUACCUAGGGGGUGGAUCAGCACUAGAUUUGAUAGAGCCGGGGGCUCUGGACGAGUCGCAGAUUGCCACCAUUCUCCGCGAGAUCUUAAAGGGCCUCGAGUACCUGCACUCAGAGAAGAAGAUCCACAGAGACAUCAAAGCUGCCAACGUGCUGCUGUCGGAGCAGGGCGACGUCAAGUUGGCCGACUUUGGGGUGGCAGGCCAGCUGACCGAUACACAGAUCAAGAGGAACACUUUUGUCGGCACGCCUUUCUGGAUGGCACCCGAGGUCAUCCAGCAAUCAGCGUACGACUCAAAGGCGGACAUCUGGUCCCUGGGCAUCACAGCCAUUGAGCUGGCCAAAGGAGAGCCUCCCCACUCUGAGCUGCAUCCCAUGAAGGUGCUGUUCCUCAUCCCAAAGACCAACCCCCCCACGCUAGAAGGAAACUACAGCAAACCCCUCAAAGACUUUGUAGAAGCCUGUCUGAACAAAGAGCCCAGCUUUAGGCCAACAGCCAAAGAGCUUUUGAAACACAAGCUAUUCAUACGGCACGCCAAAAAGACGUCAUUCCUAACGGAGCUGAUCGACAAAUACAAGCGCUGGAAAGCUGAGCGCUCACGGGACGAAUCCAGCUCAGAUGAUUCCGAUUCAGAGCAAGACAAGUCUGGCAGUAACGACUCUGCAGAUGAUGACUGGAUCUUCAACACCAUUAAAGAUCCCAGCCAACUACUGCAAGGCUUGGCUGAGCUUAAUGGUCAAGAGACCAACAAGAUCACGGAGUCACAGAGUAUGUCUACAAUAAUCUCUCCUUUAUUUGCUGAGCUGAAGGAGAGGGGCCAGGCCAGUAAUGGGAAGCCUGAGGCCCUGGAGGCCCUGCAGGGCGCCAUCCUGCUGGCUGAAAAAACCUGUCCUGGCAUCUCGGACUCCCUGGUAACCGAGCUGGUGGAGAGGGUUCGGAGGUUCUCUGUGCCCAGGGCCGCUGCCUCCUCGUCCCGCUGAGAGCUCCGUCAGACGGCGUGUUCUGGACCAGCAGCCCCAGGGGAGGGAGGCCCUCAGGACUCGUUCGCUCGCUCGCAGCAGAACGUUGAGCUUGUCAUCCGCUUUUGUUGUGUGUUUGUUUUCCCAUGAAGCCAGCGUCCAGGUGGAGUGAAGUGAUGACAAGCUGCCCUGUGGGCUUUGGAUAGAUCAACCUGCUGUAAGGCACUCCUGAUGUGAGUGUGUUUACCUCUAA